AUGCGCGAGACGUGGAUCAACCGGAGUGGCGGGAAGGCUGUGAAUUUGCUAGAUGAGCAGAUAGCGUUGUUCCCGGAAAUCUCGGACUUCGAGUUGUGCCAGAAGAUCGCGAAUUAUCGGGAUACAAAGACAAAUAAGUCAAUGGAAAGGCUAACGACGGGCGACUGGAUAUUUUAUGAUUUCAAAGGCGCCUAUACACAAGUCUGUGAAUCUCCAUUUAAUGGUUUUCCACAUCCGGAUCGUCUAUAUUGUGCCUCGGAACGCGUUUGGCAAGUACUACAAGAAAAAUCGCCGACGGAGGUGAACAAUAACUACGAGAAGCUU